AUGCGACCCGUCGAGAUUUUGUUCCUGUCGGUAUUUUGGGUCGGCGGAUCGCGAGCGGCUUCGAUUUCGGACGGUGUCGGGGACGCGCCGUCGAUGGAAAACCCCUCGGACACGGGCCGCGGACCUGGCGAUUUGCACAUCCCGACGACGACGGUCCGUCCGGAUUUGACGGUCGCCGGUGUCCAGGAUGCCUUUGAACGGUUGGCGAAACGAUUAUACGCCGACGAAACGAUCGGGUCGUUUUGGACUCCGGACGGCUACGACGACGACAGUAACGGAAUAGGAGGUAAAUACACUCGAACACAAUUGUGCGUAUUUUAUGUAGCGUAUGUUACGAACCCUUACGUUUUCAACCCGUCCAACCGAACUUUUCACGAAAUUGACGGACCUUAUCGGACCCAUACAUUGUUAUCCGAACUCGAACCGAACCGAACUUUUCAAAUAUUCUAUCGUACCGAAUAUUAAAAAAAAAAAAAAAAUUUCAAAUUUCAAAGAAAUUGUAAAACAUUAUUUAAUUUAGAAUCAAAAUCCUGUGGCUGAACGAUAGAAGCACGCGCAGUGAACCUUAUUGGUGACCGUGCUAAACAGGAAUCGACUCAUUUUCGAACUAAACAAUAGGAUAAUUGGUUUGGUUCGAUAAUUUGCAAUUUAUAGUUCGGUUCGAUUAGAUUCAAAAAUCAUACAAUUCGUAACAUCUUUAAUUUUUAAACAGUUUGUUUUUUUUUUUUUUUGUGCGUUUUGAAGUAAACUUCCUAACUGAUAUUCUGUAAAUGUGUUUUUUGGGGGGUUUUUCCAGAUAGGAAAAUAUCGAAGAAAAAACCGUGGGACGUAUACACUUUGAUGCUCGGGGCGGCCGCCAAGUUGAUUUUGUUCCUGCCGAUUUUGGCCGUGCUGACAGGAAAAGCAAUUUCACUGAGUUUAACGUCGUUGUUGAUUACGUCAUUGGCUUUUCUAUACCGGGCCCAAUCGGAUUCGUUCGUCAAACGGAGUGACUCCAAAGAAAGUCUGUUGGCAAACAGUCACUUCAUGCGGUAG